UUGUACUGUACUAAUCUAGGUUCCUUAUGUUUAGGUUAGGUAAUAUGAAAAAGUAAGGAAUAGGGUAUUUUGUUGUGUUUGCUAAUAAUGGUUUGAAAUAUUGUUUAAAACUUAAAUUGCAAAGGGAUAUUAACAAAUUAAUACAUUUAUUGACCUAUUAGGUCAAUGAUUCUGCAUUUAAAAUUAUAGCCUAGGCCUAAAUCAUGUUGCAUUUUGCAAGGUUUUAGUUUUUAGUUUAUGAUUAUGCCAGAAGACAUUCGUGAUAAAUCACUGUUAACACAAGAAAAACUUAAUUUGAGAUCAUGGGGAUUACCAACAACUAUACUAGAGAAAUAUGCUGCCAAAGGAAUCGAAAACAUGUUUCCGUGGCAGGUGGAAUGCCUAACCAGCGAUGGAGUUCUGGCAGGAAGAAAUCUUGUGUACUCAGCCCCUACUUCAGCAGGAAAAACGAUGGUGGCAGAGAUACUGACGAUCCAGACAGUUUUAGAGCGGAAGAAGAAAGUCAUCAUAAUCCUUCCUUUUAUUUCUGUAGUCAGAGAGAAGAUGCUUUAUUUUCAGAAUCUGUUGGGUAGCAGCGGUGUGCGAGUAGAGGGCUUCAUGGGUAGCCAUGCUCCACCAGGAGGCCUACGCACUGUCCACAUUGCCAUCUGCACCAUCGAGAAGGCCAACAGUCUCAUUAAUAGGCUGCUGGAGGACCAGGGACUGGACUCUGUGGGGUGUGUGGUGGUGGAUGAGUUACAUCUACUUGGAGACCCUCACCGAGGCUAUCUGCUGGAACUAUUGCUGACGAAGCUCAAGUACAUGUGUCUCAAAGACAAAUUGUUGAAGAUACAGGUGGUGGGGAUGUCGGCGACGUUGCCCAAUAUUGCAGAGCUGGCUGCGUGGCUGGACGCAGCUCUGUAUGUCACGAACUUUCGACCCAUACCUCUCACUGAGUACCUCAAGGUCAACUCUGGUGUCUACGAUGCUUCCACACUCAAACUGAUAUACAAUAUUCAGCCUAUUGUCAAGUUUAAAUCAGACACUGGUGAUAUGAUAAACCUGUGCCUGGAGUCACUCCUGGCUGGACACUCCGUGCUGGUGUUCUGUCCCACCCGCAGCUGGUGUGAGACCUGUGCACAACAGAUCGCUGCAGAGUUCCGCAGAAUUGGGUAUGAAAAGACUGAUGUCGGUCUGCAAGUGCGGGAACAACUGGACGGCAAUGCUAUCAGUGAUGUUCUGGAGCAACUCAAGAGAUGUCCAGCUGGUCUGGAUCAAGCUCUCGGCCGCAGCGUUGCGUUUGGUGUUGCAUUUCAUCAUGCAGGUCUGACUAUGGAUGAACGAGACAUAGUUGAGGGGGCUUUCAGAACAUCAGUCCUUCGAGUGUUGGUAGCGACAUCGACCCUUUCCUCGGGAGUGAACCUUCCUGCACGGCGCGUGUUGAUACGGUGCCCUCCGCGCAGCCGAGACGCGGAUGUUCUCACCUACAGACAGAUGGUAGGGCGUGCCGGCCGAAUGGGCAAGGACACAGAAGGUGAGAGUUUCCUGAUCUGUAACGGCAGUGAGCGUGGACUGGGAGAGCAGUUGGUCAGAGCCCAGCUGCCGCCGGUGGAGAGCAGUUUAGUUGUCGGAGACCUAUCCUCUAGCCUCAAGAGGGCAGUGCUUGAGGUGAUUGCUAGCGGUGUGGUGAGCACGACAGAAGAUGUGGAGGUGUACACCGGCUGCACAUUCCUGGCUAGCUCGGCCGGCAGAGAGGAGCUCGGUGAUCCUCUGGCAGCCUGCGUGGAGUAUCUGCAGGUCAACGAGUUUGUGCGUGUGACAGGACACGCUUUGGGAGCAACACCACUGGCUGAGGCAUGUCUGAGCGCAUCACUUCCACCGGACCAGGGACUCAAGCUGCUCAAGGAGCUGCAUCGUGCUCGACAGUGCUUUGUGCUCGAGAGUGAACUCCAUGUUAUUUACCAGGUGACACCGUACUCAGUAAGUGAGCAGUGGGGGCAGCUGGACUGGCUGAGGGUGUUGUCUUUGUGGGAGGAUCUGCCCAUCAGUAUGAAGAGGGUGGGAGAGCUUGUGGGGGUGGAGGAGAGGUUCCUAGUCAGGGCAGUCAGGGGGACAGUCAACCCUCAGACAUCAGCUCAGAAGUUGGCAAUUCACCGUAGAUUCUACACUGCCCUAGCAUUGCAAGAUCUUGUUAAUGAAGUGCCAUUACCUCAAGUUGCAAUAAAAUUUGACUGUACAAAGGGUAUGCUGCAGUCAUUGCAACAGUCUGCGUCUACAUUUGCAGGCAUGGUGACUCAGUUCAGCAGACGUCUGGGUUGGAGUAACGUAGAGCUGCUAGUGAGUCAGUUCUGUGCCAGACUACAGUUUGGUGCCCAGCGUGAGCUGCUAGACUUGCUACGGCUAGACUGUCUGACAGCAGUUCAGGCCAGGGCUCUCUACAAUGGUGGAAUACAAGGUUUGGCUGACUUGGCUACGGCAAGUGUCAACAAGGUUGAGAAAUAUCUUAGAAGAGCCACUCCUUUUCAGAGUGAGAAUGAGGAGUGUGAGGCCAGUGACAAGUGUCGCAUCUGGUUGGUGGGGCGAUGUGGUGCCUCUGAGACUGAAGCAGCCAACAUACUGAUACAAGAGGCUCGCCAGUACCUUGAGAGAGAAUUGGGACUUCAGAGUGCCAACUGGGGAAAUCUGAAUUCUGUGAGUGAGAGUGACAGCACAGUGGAGGAAAGUUUGGUGACUCAGUCUCUGGACACUCCCCCACAGCCGAUCGGUCAGGUGGUGAUGGAAGCUGACAGGGCUGUGUCAGCUGUAGUACACGAGGCAGAAGUCAAACAAAUAACUGCUACGACCGAUUGUCUAGGUUCAGAUGAAGUCAAGAAUGUUUUAGUUCAGUCGGGUAUUAAACCUGAAGAAGUCAAUUCUAAAAUGAUUAAUUUAAAUACCUCUGUAGACUGCAACCGUGUAGAAGAACAAUCUCAUUUAAAAAUUAGCAAUGGAGGUAGUUUGAGGUUUAAAGAAACGGUAGAAAGUAUUAUUGUACAAAGUACAGCUAGCGGAACACCAAAACAGUCAGCAAAUAUCUCUGUGGUAACCGUCAAGAAAAGAGGAAGUUUGGACAUUUUUGAUUCUCCCGAAAACGUUGAUAAUAAUUAUUAUUAUGCAGGAACAAAUAUUGAGGAAAAGAAUAAUUUGUUAAAAAUUUCUUCAUACAGUUCUCCUAAAGAGGUUUCACUCAUAAAAUGUAUAAAGUCACCAUUAAAAUAUGAGCACGAUAAAGAAAUACUAAAUACUAUGAACGGCCAAGUAAGUGGAGAAAGAUCUAAAUCAAGAGAUCUUGGUGCUGAGAGGCUAGAAUUUUCUCCUUUGUGUGAGGAUAGAACUUCAGCUUCCAAAAGUAAAGAUAUUAAUAUUUCUGGUAUGAUUUCAACAGAAGAAAGUAAAGAAAGUAAUAAAAGUGUAUUCUUUGAUUCACCUGUUCCGUUUGAGCUAAAAGGAGUUAGCAGAUAUUCUGUUGGGAAUGAAUUGGAUGCUAAUGUUGGUGGUGAAAACUUGUUAGAAAUUUCAUCUUUUUCAGUAAUUAGCGAACAAUCUUGUAUGGAAGAGAACCACCUCCUGGAUGCUAAUGUUGGUGGCGACAGUUUGCUAGAAAUGUCCUCAUUUAUUGCCGAAACAGAAAACAGAAAAAGAAAAAGAAGUAUUGAGGAGACGAGUGUAAUUAAAAGAUUACGAAUCAGCACUCCUGGAGGAAGUGAAAAAAUGAGUGAUCCUAAAGCAAAACUAAACGAGUUACAAGUAUCAAAAAUAACAUCAACUAACUCAAAACAGGUGACAGCAUCGACUCCGACAUCAUCUAAGUAUUUUGAAGAGAGUAUAAAUUUUGAAAACACCUUUGCUCCAAAUGAGGACAUAAAGAAUAGUGAAAAUCUAGUGAUUGAAGAAAAAGUUUUUGUAAAAACUAAUUCAAAUGAUGUCCACACGACCAGUGCGUAUGAAAGCAAUGGGUACAACGAAGAAGACUCAUUUGAUUUGAAAUUAUCUGAGGAUGGUCUUUCUGAAAAUGAAUUUGGCUGUGAUACCGAUCUAGACAUUGAUAGCAAAAUCUGUGAUUUAUUAGAUUGUAAGAAUGCCAGUUCCAAAAGAAAUGUGGAAAAUAAAAAUUCACUAACUCAGAAUAUUCUUGGUGACAGUGUAGAUGUAGAUUCAAAGCUGGGUGCUUUGUUAGAUCUUGUACCUAGUACAUUAGACAGCCAACAAUGUACAAUGAAAAAUGAAACCCCAUUGAAAGAUCAUUGUAAUUUAAACCAUUCAAAAGAAAACAAAUAUUCAAAUCAUGUGUCUUUUGAAGAUAGUGUGAUUACUGAUUCGUACCAUAGUAAAGUUAUUGGUGAGAGAAAAAGUCUAAACAUGGAUAGUAAAGAAAAAUCAGAACAUUGUCCUGAAUCAAAGGUUUUCAAAAACAAUAAACUUAUUUGUCACAGUGUUGUUAUUGAUUCCGAACUUGAUAGUUCAAUAAAUAAUGUAAAUGUGCUUGUUAGUGAUAAAGAGAAAGUAAAUACAAACACUGAUCUUUUUACAAGUAAUAUCGUCAACACUCAAAUAUGUGAUUUACUAGAUGAAGUAAAUGGAAGAGUAAGUAAUUUUGUAUCCGAGAAUCCUCAAAGGGUUUCAAAUCAGUUUGAAAACAGUGAAUUUGACCUCAAUACUCAACUGUGUAAUGUUUUGGAUAGAAAUGAUGUUAUAAUUAGUAAUAAAGAGAAUGUAAAAAGUGAUCAAGCAAUUUGGACAGAAUCCAUGGAAGUAAGGGAAAUAUUAGAUUUAUCAUUUGAUGAAGAUACAGUCUUUGGAACACCAGUGUCACACCAAAAUUCAAUGUCCUUCAGGAAGUGUUCAAGGAAAAAUAAAACAACUAAGAUAACAAAAGCGAUAGCUGAUGGAAAAACUAACAUUAAAAUGAAACUAGGUGAAAAACAAGAUCCAAAACUCAUGUUAGUACCGUUGAAAAGUAAUGGUCAAAAUGAUCCAGAGUUAUCUGAGAGGCAAAAACCACCAAAUUUAGAAAAAUACAACAGAAAAUGUUUAUCUGAAAAUCUGUCACAUAAACAUCAAAGAACUGUUGACACUAUGACUUCAGAACAUGCCAUUGUAAUCGAAGAGCACAAAAAACCGGUUAAUCACAAAACAGUAGUGAAGCCCACAACCUUAUCUGCUGUUGAGCCUGUGCAGAUUAGCCAGUCAGUGAACUCCUUGACAGAUAGUGUUCUGGAGGCUGUUUUUGCAUCGUCAUUGCGCCCUGGUACACCAGUUAAACAGACUGAGGAAGUGGACAUCUCCCAACAAACACCUGUGACACCACGAAAACCAGCCAGUGAGAGGGUGCAGUCUGUGAACUCACCAACUGUGAACUUGAACAGGACUCAUGUGGAAGUGGUAAGUGUGAGUGUGAGUGAGCCAGGAGUUAGGACAGAGUUACUGAAGAGUUUAGAGAGCCAGCGGACUGUGGCUCUGGCGCUGAGUAUCAGGACGAGAGAGGACAAGGAUGGUGGAGGGAUCGGAGCCAGGAUCGUCCGCAGGAGAGGGGAGAGCAACUACCCCUGCUGCCACAGAGACACCGUUCUCACUGGGGUCGUUCUUUGCUGGCAGGAGUCUAAAGUGUUUGUUCUACAACUAGAUCAGCAGAAUUAUAAUCAAAGCCUGGAACUGUUGAGGGACGUGUUGUCUCGUGGCAAGCUGAAGGUGUGCAUGUGGGAGGCCAAGGAUUCUGUGAGACUGCUGCGACAGUGCUGCCAACUGACUUGUGCCGUGAGACUCCGCGAUCCCACCGUAGCCGAGUGGCUGCUCAAGCCUCAUGCCAACACUCCCACACUCAAACAGCUGGCCCGCACGUACGGAGUGUCGGCCCCCCAGUGCUCCGAGGAGGCUGGCUUCCAGGCUGUGCUGGUGUGGCAGCUCUGUCACCUGCUCAACACCAGACUCAAGCAGGCCGGACUGUACACUGCUUACACCGAUAUAGAGAUGCCAACGCAACUGCUGCUGGCUGAGAUGGAAAUCCAAGGGGUGCGCUGGGACAGAGAGUACGUUGAUUUGCUGUGGACUUCUGUGGAAGAAAAAAUGGUUGAGUUACAAAACAAGCUGUUCAUUCUCAGUGGGAAAAAAUUCAACCUGCGAUCUCGAACUGAUAUUUCCAAGAUAAAGAGCUCAUUGAGAGAUUCGUGUGAAACAGCUUUAUGUGAAUUCAACUCAACUUUAAGAAACUGGAGGGUCCUUAACUCAUUGAAAACAAGAAACAUGUCACCACUGCUGAUGCAGCAGCAGGAGGGAGAUGUUAGAGUACGAGGCAGUUGGGAGACUCACACGGUCACGGGCCGUAUCUCCAUGCAAGAACCUAACCUUCAGCACGUGCCGAGAGACAUAACUGUCGACGACCAAGUGUUCAGUCUCCGCACCGCGUUUGUGGCAGGCCGAGGGUACAGUCUGGUGUCGGCAGACUUCUGCCAGCUAGAGUUGCGGUUGCUUACCCACUUCUCUCAGGACGCAGCCCUACACCACACUUUCACCACGGUGGGAGACGUGUUCACCUCCAUCGCAGCUGAGUGGAACGCAAUUCCCAUUGACCAGGUGACAGAUGCUGUACGCCAGCACACGAAACAGUUGUGCUAUGGUCUGGUCUACGGCAUGGGCCUGCGCACUCUAGCGGAGGAGAUGGGUGUAGAAGAGCCACAAGCAGCGGAGAUGGUGGAGCGCUUCCAUCGCACGUACCCAGGGAUACAGAGCUACAUCGCACGAUGUGUAGAGCAGUGUCGUGCCCGAGGUUACGUUACCACAAUCAUGGGGCGACAACGCUUCCUUCCAGAGAUCAAUAGUCAUAACAAGGCUCUCAGAGCUCAAGCUGAAAGGCAAGCAGUGAACACAACUAUCCAAGGGUCUGCUGCUGACAUAGCCAAGGCAGCUAUGCUGCGAGUGGACCGCACUGUGCGUCUCCGUGGCUUGCAGACGUAUCUCAUCAUUCAUCUGCAUGAUGAACUCAUCUACGAGGUUGCAGACAGUAGUUUAGAAGAGUUUGUUACAAUUAUAAGAAGAGAAAUGCAGUCUGCUAUUGAAAUUUCUGUACCUUUACCUGUCAAAGUGAAGAAAGGAUCUUCUUGGGGGCAACUAGAGAUAAUAGACUGAUAAUGUUAUAGCUUAAAAGUUUUAAAUAUCUUAACAGUUAUUUUUAUACUUAUUUUGUAAUUGUAUUUAUUCUUAUAGCAGUUAGCUUGUUUUGUACAAAAUACACAAUUUACACUA